CAUUACCGAAUUAGGAGGGAGAGAGGGAAAUAAGAAAGAAGUCUUUCUCUCUCCAAAAUCACAUUUGUUCAUAUUUUACCUUAUCCCCUAUUUCUUCUCCAACCGAAAAACCCAAAAAAAUGACAAAAACAAAUGAACAAGGAAUUCUAGUGUGGAGAAGAAUUCCAGGUUUAGAGAACGAAUCCUCACAACAACAACAACAAUGGAGAGGAGGAAAUUUGAGAGGUGUUGGUGUUGGAUUUGCUUCAGUAUCAAUGAUAGAAAACAACCAGGAGAAAGAUUUCUUUCCAUCAACAGACCAAUUCUUGAAACACCCUUUAGCUUUAUUAGCUUUGGUACCUAAAGAUGCUGCACUCUUUGCAGCCGGUGCCGUUGCUGGUGCUGCCGCUAAAACAUUCACCGCUCCUCUUGAUAGAGUUAAAUUGCUUAUGCAGACACAUGGACUGAGGAUUGGAGAAGGAAGUGCAAAAAAAGCGAUAGGAUUCUUGGAGGCAAUUUCGGUUAUAGGCAAAGAAGAAGGAUUAAAAGGGUAUUGGAAGGGAAACCUUCCUCAGGUCAUACGAGUCAUACCAUAUAGUGCAGCUCAGCUCUUUGCUUAUGAAGCUUACAAGAAACUGUUCAAAGGAGAUGGUGCUGAGCUUUCAAUUCUUGGAAGACUUGCCGCUGGGGCUUGUGCUGGCAUGACUUCUACCCUUGUAACGUAUCCUUUGGAUGUCCUACGGUUAAGGUUAGCAGUUGAGCCCGGUUGUAGAACUAUGUCCCAGGUUGCAUUAAGCAUGUUAAGAGAUGAAGGAGUUGCAUCAUUCUAUAAUGGCCUUGGACCUUCUCUUAUUGGGAUAGCGCCUUACAUUGCAGUGAACUUCUGCAUUUUUGACCUGGUGAAGAAAUCUCUGCCAGAAAAGUACCAAAAGAGGACUGAAACAUCUCUUGCAACAGCUUUGGUGUCUGCAACUCUUGCCACACUUAUGUGUUAUCCCUUGGAUACGGUGAGAAGACAAAUGCAAAUGAGAGGGUCACCAUACAAAACGGUUCUGGAUGCUAUUCCAGGUAUCAUUGAACGCGAUGGUGUUAUCGGCUUGUACAGGGGUUUCCUACCAAAUGCGUUAAAAAAUCUUCCGAAUAGCAGUAUAAGGCUUACGACAUUCGACACUGUUAAAAGUUUGAUUGCAUCCAGUCAAAAAGAGCUUGAAAGAAUUGUAGAAGAGAAUCGGGAAAAACAAAACUAAAACAUCUGUUCACAACAAAACAACAAUUCAUUUCAGAGUAUGUGGGUUUCCUCACUGAUUAGAUUCCUUUACUCCUCUCCUCAAUGAGUACACGCUUUAUGUUGAUGGCCAUGUUGUAUGAUAUUGCCAUGCCAAUUUUGUAAAACCCAAUAUUCGUAGAUCCAUUUUUUUGGUGUUUCUUCUGAUGAGCCGCAUCUUAGUGCUGUAAUUUCAACUAUUGAAUUUUGUAGAAUUCUUUAUGUAAGACCAAGUUUUAAUUGCCUUUAUAAUAGUGCUAUUAUAUCUAUCUUUCCAG